UGCGUCUCGUUCUGCAGCAGUCCGUGUGUGUAGGCAUGUGUGUGUGUGUGUGUGUGUGUGUGUGUGUGUGUGUGUUCAGCCACAGACCGCUCAGCUCCGCUCACUAAUCUGACGGAUCGGUUUAACCCGGCUCUUAGCCCGCUCACUGUUGAUUAGCCCGGAUCUGUUUAGCCCGGCACAACCCGCUGCGCCAGCAUGUCAUCCAGUCCGCAGGACCAGAACCAGGAGCCGAACGAGGAGCCGACACAGGAGCAGAAUCAGGAGCAGAGAGAGGAGAGGAAGGAGGAGGCGAAGGCGGAGGAGAAAGAGGUUAAAAACGAGGAGACGAAAGAGGAGCAGAAGCAGGAAAAGAAGGAGGGAAAAAAAGAGCAGAAGAAGGAGAGCAAGAAAGAGGAGAAGACGGAAUCCUGGAGGGAUUUCAUCUACAACCCAAGGACCGGAGAGUUCCUGGGCCGGACCGCCAGCAGCUGGGGUCUCAUCCUCCUCUUCUACCUUAUCUUUUAUGGGUUUUUGGCGGGAAUGUUUUCUCUCACCAUGUGGGUGAUGUUACAGACUCUGGAUGAUAACGUUCCUCGAUAUCAAGAUCGAGUGGCCAAUCCAGGUUUGGUGAUUCGUCCUCAUGCAUCUGAGAUCUCAUUCAACCGCAGCGACCCAACAAACUAUAACCAGUACAUCCAACAACUACACGACCUCCUGCAACAGUAUAAUGACAGCGUUCAGGAGCGGAACGACUUGUGUCUGGUGGGUGAAUACACCGAACAGGACAACGAGCCGAUAAAGAAAGUCUGUCAGUUUAAACGUAGUACACUACGUCAGUGCUCAGGUCUGCCCGACACCAGCUUCGGAUACGCCGACGGCAAACCCUGCAUCAUUAUUAAGAUGAACCGGGUCAUUGGAUUGAAACCACGAGGAGAUCCCUACAUCAACUGUACCGCCAAGAGAGACAGUCUGUUACAGAUGCAGUAUUUCCCAUCUGAAGGUCGAAUGGACAAAAUGUUUUUCCCGUACUACGGAAACAAAGCACAUCCUGAUUAUGUGCAGCCUCUGGUUGCGGUGAAGCUCCUGUUGACCAAAGAAGACUAUAAUGUGGAGCAGACGGUGGAGUGUAAACUUGAGGGUUCAAACCUGCGUAAUGAUGACGAUCGUGACAAGUUUCAGGGUCGUGUCACUUUCCGGGUCAAAGUGUCCGAGUAACCGGGCCUGUCAUUGAUGCCAUGGAUACCACAAACUGGGUUUACACUGGAAAGCUCCGGUUCAGGACACUUUUUUAUCCAGACCUGAUUUAUUCCUGAAUGUCUGAAUGUGGUACAAUCUGAAACCAGGUCUGCACCACUGAGCCAUACAUACACUGCCAGAUCCUGGUUCAGACACAAUCCUGAUGAACCCUAACCCCAGUCCAGAUCUUUGACUCAUUGGUCCAGGUCUUGGACUCAGUGAUCCAGAUCUGCUCGUCACAGAGUGACUGUGGUUGAACCUGUUCAGACAGACGGAGCAGAUCAGGUCUGAAGCAUGUGAGCCAUCUGUACUAUGUUGUUUUCUAAUGUGUUCAUGUAAAGAAACCAUGAUUGCAGCGCAAAGUAACUUCAGGUCAGUAAUCAGAUUACUCAGCACCCUGAAACAGGAACUGCCUUUACAACAUGUCAGACGUUACUGAUGCUGCACUGAUGACCUGAUCAUGUUUCUCUGGGUUUUUAUUCCUGCAUGACGACAUUCAUAUGACAUUAACUUCACUCAGAGAAACUGAUCAAACUGAUCAGAAUUUGGUGGUUAGAGGUCAGAGGUCAAAGGUCAAAGGUCACUCUGACCUCACAAAACACAUAAGUGAGUAUAACACAUGAUUCAUUCACUAAUUCUUACAGAAGUUCACACAAAUGUCUGAGAAGAUAAAACAAUGAAGUGGUGACACUUUAUAUCCAAAAGGUCAAAAGUCAACUUCACUGUGACAUCAUAAUGUUUCUAGCCAUUAUUCAACGCCAUAACUCAGGAACAGGAGGAGAGACUGAGUUUGAGUGUUUGGCCGAGGGAAACACUGAUUCUAGUUUGGUGUAAGUAUCUGAUGGUAGUAAUCUGAUUACUGAUCACCUGUAUAAAUACUGUGUUUUAUUCAAACAGCUGCCAAAAUAAAAUUCAUGGUUUCAGUACAAACUUUUCAGAGAUAAAUAAUAAUAUAAACUGUAAUGCGUGUUUGUGUUUGAAUGCUAAUUCUAGUUUUCUGUGUGAGAACGAAUCCUCUCACUUCAUCACGUCAAUAGAAAUAUUCACAGUAAAAUGUUGAACUAUAGUUAAUUAAUAGAAAGAGUUCCUCUCACUGUGUUUCCAACCAAAUGUUGUACAGGUUUUUUAUGUGUUGUGUGAUUAUUGAACAAGAUGACAUCAUCAGCAAAGGUCCAAUCAGGUGUCAGUAAAUCUGUUUGAUCAUGAGUCACAGCAGUUUCAGUUUCUAUCCUGAAUGAAACAGAUCGAUCAUGUUUCUGUUGGAGAAAAAAACAAUGAUGAAACAUCUGCUGCAAAUAAAACAUGAAGAAAUAACAGAGUCAUCUGUAAAAA